CCUUGACCCCACGUCUCCGGCCGGCGCCGCUCGAUUCCCGACUGCCUCGGUCCCGACGGCGCGGGCAGGGGGAGGGCCGCAUCGGGGGCCCGCCGGGCCCUUCCUGCUUCCCCCGCCGGCUCCAACAAACGCUCCCGCGCCCCCGUCCCCUCGUCUCCUCGGCGGCCCCCACUAUCCAGCAGUCCCGGGCUCCACCCUAACGGGGUGACCGUGCCGCAGGGGCGGCCGCGGGGGCGGACCGAGCUCCACCGAGAGCAACCGGGAGCGGCAGCACGCUGAGCCCCGGCGUCCCGGAGCGGCCAUGCAGCUCCUGCCUCUGCUCACCUGGGCGCUGCUGCCAGGUUGCGGCACAGUGACAGGGCCCGGUAUCGUGCAAGGAUUCCUGGAGGGUUCCCUGUCGGUCACCUGCAGGUACCAGCCGGGCUGGGAGACGUUGCCGAAAUUCUGGUGCAAACCAAGUAGAAUUAUUGUUUUUACCUGUGGUAAAGACAUCAUCCUCACGUCGGAGCCCGAGCAGGGCCGGUUCUCCAUCCGGGACAACCGCACACACCGGGCAUUCACGGUGAUUGUGGAUGGUCUUUCCGAGGAGGACGCGGGCACCUUCCUCUGUGGGGUGCGAAUGGGAAGAUUUUUGCGUGAUGAAAGUGCUGCUGUGGAGGUGAUCGUGCUCUCAGCUUUUUCCACCCUCCCAUCAUCGACCUAUGUGACCACCACGUCCUCUGAUCUCAUUCACUCUGUAACAGGCCGCACACAUACUGUUUCCCAGGGGGAAAUUUUGCAAUCAACAUCAAAUCCCUCCACCCCUCAACGCUUGAAUGUGGUUGAGCACAUCCUCACUCCAGGCAUCAUUGUGGUCCUUUUUUUGCUUGCAGUGGCUGCUGGUGUUCUAGUAAUACUCUCCAGGAAGAAGAAGGCCCUUUCUGGAGCAGCCAUAGAGAUGGACAGGACUUGCAGCAUGUCACCUACAGGAGCAGAAGCCUUGAACUAUGCGGACAUUAACCACAACACGGGCGCGGCUGAGAGCCAGUACAGCAGCGCUGAGGCUUUCCACCGCCUGGAAACGCUCUCAGUGGAGUACACAGAGGUCAAGCAGAGUGCUCAGCUUUUGGAAGAGGAAAGAGGGGCACUACAUGCCAGAAUCCAGAAGCCCAUGCUGCAGCAGGAGCAGAUCUAUGCCAACACGCCAUCAGCUCAGUGAAGAGCUCUACAGCACAGUGUGGGGGAGAUGAGCAAGGACCUGACCCCAUGGGCUGCUCCUGCUGCUGUAAGGAGCUGUGAGACUUGCACAGAGGACAUGGGGUUGAUGUUCUGCUCAGGCAGGAGUCAGCUUGAUAGCAAAGCUGUUGCUCUCCAAGGCUUGGAUGUUUCUUUGAGGCAACAUCAGAGAGGAUGAGGUUGUGUGGAGACACAGAGAGGGUUGAAGAUAAAGUCAUCCCUUUGCAAAUGCAAUUUGGAGUCCUCAUCCAUACAGCAGUGGUGCUGGGAAUAAAGCUCUCCCCCUUGUAGUGGGGUAGUCCAGGUCAGAGACCUACCAGGCAGGGUGUGGGAGAGGUGGGCAGGGGAGGUAAGGCUGGGCUGGUGGGUGAGCUGCUUUGCUCACCACUCAUCCCACUUGCUCCUUUGGCUGCAUUGCUCAUGUGGGCUGAGGCUCCCAAACCCACUGGUCACCUCAGACUGACAGCUUUUCAUGCUAAUGCCAGCUAGCAGCUCCUGGAAACCAGGACAGUGGGAAAUGUUAUAUCCAAGUGCAUUUGCAUGGGGCGCUCAUGUGGAGGGUGAGGUGUAUCAGGAUCUUGGUGCAGAAAGGGCAUCUCCCCCAGCCCCUGGUCCCACAGGCCCCCAAGUUGUUUGCUCCUGCUCUUUCUCUCCCACCACCCCUGAGGAUCCCCAGACUUGGAGCACACAGAUGGGCUGUUAAACAUCACCUUGCUCUUU